GUACUAAAGUUUCCCCAUUUCACAACCGCAAGCGCCGCUUCUCACCUUCUUCCUAUUCAUUCCCUUUCUUCUUCUCCAUUUCCAUCUUCUUCUUCUUCUUCUCCUUCUUCUUCUUCUUCUUCUUCACAUUCACCAUCCAAUUCAAUUUCCUGCAACAAAAACCACAACCCGAUCACCACAUUCCGCGCUAGGGUUUUGACUGCAUCACCACCAUGAGAGCCAAAUUGAUCGUGUUCCCAAUACGAGGAAGAAACUGGUGCUUCUCCAGAUCCAUUGAUCACACUCUCUCCGCUUCCCCUUCUUCCUCUCAAUCCCCUUCAUCCAUCAGAGACUUAUGGAACAACAUCAACGUUUCUGAUAAACCCCUUAACGCCAAAGCUGAGCUUCUUAUAGACUAUGCAUCUAGCAAGAUGAAUAAAGCUUGGGUUGGUUUGGAAAUGGCACCUGCUGGAUCUUUGAAGAAGAAGAUUCAUGGGUUGGGGCUGUGGCUUUUGUCACGGGUUAAGCCAUCAGAGAUUUUUUUGAAAUCUAUUUCGAAGGAUGUCACUGGUGUUGAAGUCAUUUAUCCAUCAAGUUUGAAUGCUCAACUUGUUCGUCGAAGACUAAGGCAUAUUGCUAUGAGGGGAAUGAUCAUUCACCGUAAAUACUUCUAUGGUUCAGUUUCAUUGAUUCCGCUGACCUCUGCAUUAAGCGUUUUACCUUUGCCUAAUGUCCCAUUCUUCUGGAUUUUAUUUCGCACUUAUUCUCACUGGAGGGCCCUUCAGGGAAGUGAGAAGCUGUUUCAACUAGUCUCAGAUAGCCACAAGACUUCAAACACUAGUACAGAUAAGAAGGAAACUGAGCUCAAGGACCCUAAAAAUGAAAGCCAUAGUUCACAGGAACCAUAUUGGGUGCUGCAACCAUCCAAAGAACUUGAGAGUCUUGUUCAUCAAGGGGACGGGCAUGACGGUCUCUGUCAUCAUACCAUCCUAAAAAUUUGCAAGAUAUAUGAUUUGAACACCAUUGAUGUUAUUAAAUACGAAAAGUCCAUUUUUUGAUCAUCAGUUUUGUAACGGAACGUAUUGCAUUGGCAAUUUUUUUAAUUCACUUGAUUCGCUCAUUUUUAGGGAGACACUAGUUCAGAGUUAUCAGUAACUUCUAAGUCAUGCAUAUUCUUAUGUUUUGAUUACUUCACUAACAAAUCUUGAUAGUAUAAGUUCAACUGUAUCAAUUUGUCUUUAAGUUUGUAGUAAUGUGAUUUUCUCUUUUGCUGAAAA